AUGUCUUUCUUCCGUUCCUCGAUUGUGCGAGCAUCCACCCUCAGGCCGACUGCAUCACUCGCCCCUCGUGCCCAAUUCCACACUACGCGCGUUCUCUGCGCAGGCGACUACGGCUCCGGCGACGGCAACCCCAACGCUGAGAACCCGCAGCAGCAAGGCAAGCGCGGACGCGAGGAGCUCGAGCAUCCUGGCCCAGCGCCGCCCAAGGCAGGCCAGGGCAACAAGACGUCGCCCAACUCGGACUCGUUCAACACCUCAUCCACAGGCAACUCUACGCAGUCGGGAGGCGGAUCAUCCAGCGCUGAGAAGACUAGCACGAGCGGCAACGGCAUGAAGGCAGAGGCGACCGACAAGGACGUCAAGGGGGUUAAAGGUGCGCAGCCCAAGAUCCACAACGAGGGUGCUCCCAAGGAGGAGUCGGAGGAUGUGAAGAAGCAUAACCGGGAGAUGGACCAGAGGGCUGAGAAGGCGCAUGAGCGCUCGGAUUAG